AGCCUGCAGCUGGAAUUUCAUUCUGUUGGAUUCUGACGUCCUGGAUGAGCUGUCUGUCUCUCCCCGUCUCCACAGAUCACCAUGUACAGCUUCAUGGGUGGCGGCCUCUUCUGUGCCUGGGUGGGGACCAUCCUCCUGGUGGUGGCCACAGCCACAGACCACUGGAUGCAGUACCGGCUGUCGGGGUCCUUCGCCCACCAGGGCCUGUGGCGAUAUUGCCUGGGGAACAAGUGCUACCUGCAGACAGAGAGCAUCGCUUAUUGGAAUGCUACCCGGGCCUUCAUGAUCCUGUCCUCCCUGUGCGCCACCUCGGGCAUCAUCAUGGGCAUCCUGGCCUUCACUCAGCAACCCGCCUUCACCCGCCUCUCCCGGCCCUUCUCUGCCGGCAUCAUGUUUUUCGCCUCCACCUUUUUUGUCCUGUUGGCCUUGGCCAUUUACACUGGAGUCACUGUCAGCUUCCUUGGUCGCCGAUUUGGGGACUGGCGCUUUUCCUGGUCUUACAUCCUGGCCUGGGUGGCCUUGCUCAUGGCCUUCUUCGCAGGGAUUUUCUACAUGUGUGCCUACCGGAUGCAUGAAUGUCGGCGCCUGUCUGCUCCCCACUGAACCCAAUGUACCCCCAACUUCAUCUGGAGGUUAAAUGGGGCCACAGAAAAGGAGGGG